CACAUCUGUGGUAUUUUCCUUCUGUUGCAUUUGUUCCGUUGGUUUAUUAAUGAAAAGUUGAAAUAAUAGUUUGCUUAUUGAAAUUUAAUAAUUUCUAUGCUUUGAAAAAUCGAAAUUAAAUAAGAAAAAUGUUUUUUCUAUCUUCCAGUUGGUGUCUAAAUGGAAUAAUUUUUAUUUUAUUAACAUUAAUAAUUGUUAUUUAUUAUUAUAUGACUCGUAAUGUUCAUUAUUGGAAAAAUCGUGGUGUCAAUGAAAUUCCGUCGCGUUUCUUUUUUGGUAAUUUCGCCAAGUGUUUGACUUUAAAAUUAUCGCCGGGCUAUUUAUUGAAAAGUUUUUACGAGCAAAAUGAAAAUUUACCUUACGUGGGAAUUUACAUUUUUAAUAAGCCCUGUCUAUUGCUACGCGAUCCGGAAAUAAUAAAAAAAAUUCUCAUCAAAGAUUUUCAUAAUUUCUCCGAUAAAUUGAUGCGCUCGAGCGAAAAGGAGAAGUUGAGUAAUAAUUGUAUUUUUUUAAUUUCUAAUCCAACUUGGAAAUAUUUCAAAUCAAAUUUAUCGAGUCUUUUUACGUCCAGUAAAUUGAAGAGUAUGUUUGAAUAUUUAGAGGAUGUGAGAGAAGAUUUGAAUUACUAUUUGGAUUCUCUUAAUUUGGAGGAUUUUGGAAAACGAGUGAACAUUAAGGAGCUCUGCGCUAAAUUUACAAUUGACGUUGUGGGACUCACUGUAUUGGGUUUGAAAUUAAAUUGCCUACGAGAUCCGAACGCUGAAUUUCAAAAAAUUGUCAAAAGAAAAAUGACUGGCGUUUCAAAUUUGCGACGAGCCAUGGAAGUCACGUCGAUAUGUUUGACGCCGCAAAUUUCCACUUUUUGCGAUUUUCGAUUCUUUGAAAAUGAUGGGAUUGAAUUUUUUAGAAAAUUCUUCCGUGCAUCGCUACAUGAACGGGAGAAGUCGAAAGUUAAGCGGAACGAUUUAAUUGAUUUAUUGAUUCAAUUGAGGGAGAGUUUUGCAAAAAGUUCUUCGGAAGAAAUUAAUUUUAAACUGGAUGAAAAUGAUUUAUUAUCUCAAGCGAUGAUAUUUUUUCUCGCUGGUUAUGAUUCCUCUGCAUUAACAAUGUCAUCGACUUUAUAUGAAUUAGCCCGGAAACCGUACAUUCAAAAUAAAUUAAGAGACGUAAUAAACCAAUCUCUAUCAAAAAAUGAUGGAAUAUUUACAUACAAUAUGAUAAUGGAUUUAGAAUAUUUGGAAAUGGUGAUUUUGGAAACUUUGCGAAUGUAUCCGGUUCUUCCAAUAAUUGAUCGAAUCGCAACAAGUGAUUAUGAAAUUGAAGAAACUGGAUUGAUUAUUGAAAAAGGAACGCCAAUAUUGAUUCCAAUGCUGGGCUUGCACUAUGAUUCAAAUUAUUUUUCAAAUCCAAAUGACUACGAUCCUGAGAAUUUUUCCGAAUUUAAUAAGUUAUCAAGAAAUCCUUAUGUCUUCAUGCCAUUUGGAAUUGGACCACGAAGCUGUAUUGGAAUGCGACAGGGACUUUUGCAAUCGAAAUUGGGCAUCGCUCAAAUAAUUUCAAGAUUCGAAGUUUCUCUCGCAGAUGAUUCUUCAGCAGAAAUAGAUCCAAAAGGAUAUUUUACUUUAUUCAAGGAAGACUUGUUUUUAAAUAUGAGAAAAAUAAUGUCAGUUACACCUGAUUUCGAGGACAAUGGUGAAGUCAAUUUUUACAAAGCGUCGAAUAAUAUUGAGAGUAAAAUGGGAUUUAUAACAUUUUCCUGGAUUCUCGAUGCAAUUAUUUUCAUCCCAACAUUUUUUAUAAUUGCACUCUACUUUUACAUGACACGCAAUUUUAAUUAUUGGAAGAAGAGAAACGUGGUGGAAAUACCUCCAGUUCCAUUCGUUGGAAAUUGGGGAAAAUAUUUAACUUAUCAAAAAUCGCCAGGAGCGUUGCUCAAAUAUUUUUACGAUAAAGGAAAAGGUUUACCAUAUGUAGGAAUUUAUCUAUUGGAUAAACCGGGUCUCGUGAUACGUGAUCCUGAAAUUUUGAAACGAAUUCUCAUUAAAGAUUUCAAUUAUUUCGCUGAUAAAUUGAUGCGACCAAGUGAACACGAUAUUAUGAGUAAUAAUUCCAUUUUCUUCAUUGACAAUCCAGAUUGGAAAUAUGUGAGACAAAAAUUAACAUCUCUAUUCACAACUGGAAAAAUGAAAUAUAUGUUUGAUGUUGUACGGGAAGUUGGAAAUGAUCUUGAUAAUCAUUUGGAUUCACUGCAAUUGGAAGGAGAGGGCAAAGUGGUGAAUGUGAAAGAUAUUGCGGGGAAAUUUACAACCGAUUUAAUUGGACUUGGUACGUUUGGAUUGCGCUUGAAUAGUUUGAAGAAUCCGGAAGCAGAAUUUCGCAAAUUUGGAGAGCAAAUGUUUCCAGUGUUCAAUAUUAAACGAGCUCUUGAACUUGCUACAAUAUGGCUUGCACCGCAUUAUUCAACGCUCUUUGGAUUUCAAUUCUUCGGCGAUGGUCCAUGUGAAUUUUUCCGUAAAGCCUUUGGUGAAAUUUUCAAAGAACGCCUACAGUCUGGCAUUAAGCACAACGAUUUCGUUGAUUUGAUGAUUCAACUCAGGGAACAGGAGAAACUUGAUCCUGACGCUCAUCCCUUCAAAUUCGAAGGCGAUAAUGCAAUAUGCCAGGCACUUGCGAUAUUUGUUGCUGGAUACGAGACCGCUUCAGUGCUUAUGGGUUUUUGUUUAUUUGAAUUAGCGAGACAUCCGGACAUGCAAACUAGAUUGCGAAAUGAAAUUAGAGAAGCUAUGGACAAAAAUAAUGGAGAAAUAACAUACGACAUGGUGACUGAAAUGCCAUUUUUGGACAUGAUUGUAUAUGAAACACUGAGAAUGUAUCCAACAUUGCCGAUUAUUGAUCGCAAAGCAAUCCAAGAUUAUAAAAUUGAAGAAACUGGAUUGGUGAUUGAAAAAGGAACGCCAAUAUUUAUACCAUCACUUGGUUUCCAUUAUGAUCCGCAAUAUUAUCCAAAUCCACGUGUCUUUAAUCCGGAACGAUUUUCUAGUGAAAAUAAAUCGUCAUUGAAUCCAAAUGUUUAUUUAUCUUUUGGACUUGGUGGACGUAAUUGUAUUGGAACUCGACAAGGACUUUUGCAAACAAAACUUGGUUUAAUUUUAAUAAUUGCAAAAUAUGAGGUGUCAAUAGUAAAAAAAACUGAUCUUGAAUUUGAAAAAUUAUCAAUUCUCAGCUCUUCGAAAGGUGGUUUGUUUUUGAAUAUUCGCAAACUCGACUUAAAGGGAAAGUAGUCGGAAAUAAUACGAAUUUACUAUUUUUAUACAAAUUACCCAUUUUCUCAUCUCUGCUAUAUAAUUAAAAAUUAAAUUAUGAUAAUUGGAAAAUUACAUUUAAUUUCUUAUAAACAAGUCGUAAAUGUUAUUAAAAUUGAAAAAGUUUGUAAAAUAGAGCUAAAUUCAAAUAUAUAAUAAUAA